UUCAAGACAAUUUCCAAUCAAAAAAAAAUGUCGGCACGUAAAACAGCGGGUCGUCGUGCCACCACCAAAAAGCGUGCACAAAGAGCGACAUCAAAUGUUUUUGCAAUGUUUGAUCAAGCACAAAUUGCUGAAUUUAAAGAAGCUUUCAAUAUGAUUGAUCAAAAUCAUGAUGGUUUCAUUGACAAAGAAGAUCUUCACGAUAUGUUGGCCUCAUUAGGUAAAAAUCCAACUGACGAAUAUUUGGAACAAAUGAUUAAUGAAGGACAAGGUUCGAUAAAUUUCACUAUGUUCUUGACUCUCUUUGGAGAAAGACUUCAGGGAACUGAUCCCGAGGAUGUAAUUAAAAACGCAUUUGGCUGCUUUGACGAAGAAAAUAAUGGUCACAUAAAUGAGGAACGUCUUCGUGAACUUCUAACAACAAUGGGAGAUCGAUUUACGGACGAUGAGGUGGAUGAAAUGUAUCGUGAGGCGCCAAUAAAAGGAUCAAUGUUCGAUUAUAUUGAAUUCACACGAAUUCUCAAACACGGAGCAAAAGACAAGGAUGAACAGUGAGAAAAUGUGAAAAUAUCUCAACCUGAAGAGAAUUGUAGGUGAUACAGGCUUCAUUUUUUUUAUAUAUAUCAAGGAUCGAUUUGAAAAUAAUUUUCCUCGAGACCUUUUUUCUUUUUUUUUUUUUUUAAAUCAGAUUAAGCAUUUCAAGUAAUCACUGAGUGAUUGCUAACUCCGCAAAAUAUCUAUACGGUUUCUUUAAUUUAUCAAAUUUAAUUUUAAAUCGCUGCCUAUUGCAGUUCCUUUAUUUUUCAUUCUCUCUAUCCGUCCCCCCUUUUUAUCAUUCCUUUUUUCAUUUUUAUUUUCAAGGAGGGGGUGGAAACAAUUUUCUCGUUAAAAGAUAAAAAAAAAUUGUUUAAUAAGGAAUUUGUUUCCACAUAAUAGAAAAGGUAGUUUUAAGAAACUUUGUACACAUUUAAGUUAUUUCAAGAAACACGUUCCGCUAUUAUUUAUCGACAGCGUCGUGUAUAAAAAGCGAACGCUUGUAAAGUAUUUUACAAUUAUUAUUAUAAAGAUAUUUAGAUUCAUGUUUACCAUGUUUGUAUUUUAAUAUUUACAUUAUAACAAUAAUUGCGAGUUCA